AUGUUAGAAGACGGAUUUAUUACUGUUCUAUGUAUAUUGUUUAUUAUAUUUUUCAUACUUAUACAAAAUUUGAUUCGGUAUCUUAUAAGAGAGCCUUAUAUUCAUAUUAGAGAUGUUACCAAAGAACAUAAUUGGAAAUCUAUUAAUACAGAAAACAAGGCAUAUUACUGUAGCAUUUGUGAAAGCUUAUUGCUAAAUAUUAGUGGCUUGAUCUGUGAUUCAUGUGGUGUUUGUGCAGAUCCUAUGUGUGUCAAAGUUGCAGAUAAACAAUUAAUGUGCAAAAUUAUUACUGUAAGUACAAAUGAGCCAAUGAAACAUCAUUGGAUAAAAGGUAAUUUACCUCCAAAUAUUGUAUGUGACAUAUGUAACGAGGAAUGUGAUGCGGAGCCUGGAUUAACAGAUUGGUGGUGCUGUUGGUGUCAGAGAUGUGUCCAUGAUGAUUGUAAAUCUGAACUUUCUAAAAUAUGUGACUUUGGUAAAUUUAAAUUAAUGAUAAUACCACCAAGUAGUUUAGAAGUAAUAAAUGUACGAAAUACUGUAAGACGUAGAUUAUGUCUGCAUUCAAUUAUAUCUCCAAAUUGGUCUGAAUGGAACCCUCUUAUAGUUGUUGCAAAUAAAAAAUCUGGUAAUAAUGAUGGAGCAGAAAUCCUGUCUCUAUUUAGGAGAUUAUUAAAUCCUGCACAAGUUGUUGAUUUGUCAGAACGUGACCCAGUUGCUGCACUAGAAUGGUGUCGUUUACUUGGAAAAGUAACAUGUACAGUUCUUGUAGCAGGUGGAGAUGGAACAAUAGCUUGGUUGUUAAAUGCUAUUCAUAAACUUGGAUUAGAGCCAGUUCCAUCUGUAGCAAUAAUUCCUUUGGGAACAGGAAAUGAUUUAUCAAGAGUACUAGGAUGGGGAAAAGAGCAUGAUCCAAAUAAAGAUCCUACAGAGAUAUUGCAAGAAAUACAAGUAGCACAAAAAGUGAAACUUGAUAGGUGGACUGUAAUGAUAAAACCAUAUGGUGGACUAGGACUUAGAAAUUUAAAUCAAACAUUUUAUAUGUAUAAUUACUUAAGUGUGGGAGUGGAUGCACAAGUCACAUUAAAUUUUCAUCGUACAAGAGAAAGUCGUUUUUAUUUUUAUAGCAGUAGAUUGUUUAAUAAGCUAUUGUAUUUGUGCUUUGGUAUGCAACAAGUAGUAGAACGAGAAUGCAAAGAUCUUAAUAAAAAUAUAGAAUUGUAUCUGGAUGACAAAAGAAUAGAUUUGCCAUCCAUUGAAAGUAUUGUAAUAUUAAACAUUCCAUCAUGGGCUGCUGGUGUUAACUUAUGGAAUAUGGGAUUAGAAGGGCACGAAAAAUAUGGGAAACAAAGUAUUAAUGAUGGUAAAUUAGAAGUAGUUGCACUUUAUUCUUCAUUUCAUAUGGCUCAGCUUCAAGUAGGUCUGUCUCAGCCUUAUCGACUUGGACAAGCUAGUAAUAUAAAGGUGAAGGUAAUAAAAUCUUGUGCUGUGCAAAUUGAUGGUGAACCAUGGUACCAACAUCCUUGUGAAUUCAGUAUUAAAUAUUGUAAUAAAGCAACCAUGCUUGUGAAUACAGAUAGAAAAAGUAUGUAA